GACUUCCGCCCUUGUUCAAGAUGGUGGUUGGACGGCCUUCCUAACCUUUACGGGGCCUUGCGGUGCUGACGCCUGAGCUGGUAGGGGUGGAACAGGUAGGAAACAGCAAAUGCAGAAGCUGCUGCGCGGGAGUCGGCCAUGGACUGGAAAGAAGUUCUUCGUCGGCGCCUAGCGACGCCCAACACCUGUCCAAACAAAAAAAAAAGUGAACAAGAAUUAAAAGAUGAAGAAAUGGAUUUAUUUACAAAAUAUUACUCCGAAUGGAAAGGAGGUAGAAAAAACACAAAUGAAUUCUAUAAGACCAUUCCCCGGUUUUAUUAUAGGCUGCCUGCUGAAGAUGAAGUCUUACUACAGAAAUUAAGAGAGGAAUCAAGAGCUGUCUUUCUACAAAGAAAAAGCAGAGAACUGUUAGAUAAUGAAGAAUUACAGAAUUUAUGGUUUUUGCUGGACAAACACCAGACACCACCUAUGAUUGGAGAAGAAGCGAUGAUCAAUUACGAAAACUUUUUGAAGGUUGGUGAAAAGGCUGGAGCAAAGUGCAAGCAAUUUUUCACAGCAAAAGUCUUUGCUAAACUCCUUCAUACAGAUUCAUAUGGAAGAAUUUCCAUCAUGCAGUUCUUUAAUUAUGUCAUGAGAAAAGUUUGGCUUCAUCAAACAAGAAUAGGACUCAGUUUAUAUGAUGUCGCUGGGCAGGGGUACCUUCGGGAAUCUGAUUUAGAAAACUACAUAUUGGAACUUAUCCCUACGUUGCCACAAUUAGAUGGUCUGGAAAAAUCUUUCUACUCCUUUUAUGUUUGUACAGCAGUUAGGAAGUUCUUCUUCUUUUUAGAUCCUUUAAGAACAGGAAAGAUAAAAAUUCAAGAUAUUUUAGCAUGCAGCUUCCUAGAUGAUUUAUUGGAGCUAAGGGAUGAGGAACUGUCCAAGGAGAGUCAAGAAACAAAUUGGUUUUCUGCUCCUUCUGCCCUAAGAGUUUAUGGCCAGUACUUGAAUCUUGAUAAAGAUCACAAUGGCAUGCUCAGUAAAGAAGAACUCUCACGCUAUGGAACAGCUACCAUGACCAAUGUCUUCUUAGACCGUGUUUUCCAGGAGUGUCUCACUUAUGAUGGAGAAAUGGACUAUAAGACCUACUUGGACUUUGUCCUUGCAUUAGAAAACAGAAAGGAACCUGCAGCUCUACAAUAUAUUUUCAAACUGCUUGAUAUUGAGAACAAAGGAUAUCUGAAUGUCUUUUCACUUAAUUAUUUUUUUAGGGCCAUACAAGAACUAAUGAAAAUCCAUGGACAAGAUCCUGUUUCAUUUCAAGAUGUCAAGGAUGAAAUCUUUGACAUGGUAAAACCAAAGGAUCCUUUGAAAAUCUCUCUUCAGGAUUUAAUCAACAGUAAUCAAGGAGACACAGUAACCACCAUUCUAAUCGAUUUGAAUGGCUUCUGGACUUAUGAGAACAGAGAAGCUCUUGUUGCAAAUGACAGUGAAAACUCUGCAGAACUUGAUGAUACAUGAUCUCUGAAAGACUAGACUGUCUUAUAUUAAGAGAUACUUGAAUGCUGCAUGUAAAGCCUUUAAAGCAAAAUCCUCAGAAAUGGUCUAAAUAAAACACUUGAUAUGCCUAGAGAACACA